AUGGGUGAAACCAAGGAGCAAGGCAGGGACGCAGACGUGGGUGGCAUGGCCAUCCCCUGCGGUGUCCACAGUCUGACGAUAACCACCCGCUCUCCAGCCAAGGCUCCAGCUCACCAUGCUGAAAUUCAGAAGAUAUUUGAUCACGUGAGGGCUCACGGCUUUCAGCUCUACUCGCCCACCUGUGGAGUAGAUGUGGAGCAGAAACGCGUCUCUGUCCAAGUCUUUUACACUGCCAGCCCCACGAAUGCAUCUAAGGUGAGGAAGUUGAAAGCAAUAUACAGGUGCCAGCCAGGUCGACUCUGGGUCUUCUUCAGCCUCCUCAUCCUCCUCGUGGUCACGCUUCAAGUUGUGGAGAAGAUGCAGCCUCCCAAAAACUGCCGGUGCAACCUGGAGCAUGCCCUGCAGCAGACCACGAACCGUGGCCAGAAGCGGCUCAGCUAUGCCCUCCAGACCCCCGACCUGCUGUGGGAGGACGAUACCCCGCAGUGGCAGAGGAAAGCCGUGCCAGAUCCCCCUUCAACUGAGAGCGCUCAGGAUGUUUUUCAGCUGCAUCCGUACUUCAGCCAGGAGACCCCACUGGAAAGCAGCCCAGGCAACCAAGAGGAGCGCUGGACGUGGCAGCCCGUGGAGAGCAGCAAGAACGUGAAAGCCCCUCUUUUAUCCACGAGACCCAAAUCCCAGCUUCCUGGUCUGAGAAAAGCAACCAGGGAGGGUCCUUCUCCGAGUCUUCCUGGGAGGUUCUCUGCAAUUUUUGGACAUGCUGAUGCUGUCACCAACAAGUUCAUAACCUUUGCAAACAGAAUACCCACAGAAGAGCACAGGAGAAUGUCACCACCAGGAAUGACGCAGGCGGUGGUAGAGAGCCAAUCUCAGCCUCAAGCCGCAGAGGACUCUUACAAGAGAGACCUGGAGAGGGGAUUUUUCCCAAACUGGACAGAAGUCUCUAAGGUUGAGAAGGUGACACCUGGAGAAGGCCAGCAGGCCAGAAGGGUCUCCUCUAAAGGGGCGACAUGUGAGCCCAAGACCAACGUUGUUUUCCUGAAAGUCCACAAGAGUGCCAGCAGCACCGUCAUGAACAUCCUUUUCCGCUUCGGCGAGAUGCACAACCUCACCUUCGCCUUUCCCGUCGGGGGUGGCAACCAGUUCUUCUACCCGCAGCACUUCUUGGCAAAGUUCGUGAGGGGUUUCUCCCCCAGGAGCCCUCGGCAGUUCAACAUCCUCUGCCACCACAUGCGAUUCCUGCAGCCGGAGGUGGAGAAAGUGGUCUCCAGCUCAGCCGUCUACUUCUCCAUCCUGAGGAACCCUGUGCAGCUCAUGGAGUCCUCCUUCGUGUACUACAAGGGCACGUCGGCUUUCUCCCGCGCUCGCAGCCUGGAGGAUUUCCUCAGCGAGCCCUACCAGUACUACAACCCCGCGCACGGUGACAGCCACUACGCCAGAAACCUCAUGACGUUCGACUUUGGCUUCAACCCCGACGCAGAGGUCUCCGCUGAGCGGGUGCAACUCAUGCUAAAGGCCAUCGAGGCGUCCUUCGACUUGCUCCUCAUCUCCGAAUACUUUGACGAGUCCAUGGUGCUGCUGAAGGAGAUGCUCUGCUGGGACCUGGACAGUGUUGUCUUCUUCCCGCUCAACAGCAGGGACAGCAGCACCAAGUCCCCCAUCCCAGACUCCAUCGUGGAGAAGAUAAAGGACUGGAACAGGCUGGACUGGGAAAUCUACACCCACUUCAACAGGACCUUCUGGGAAAGGAUCAACCGCGACAUCGGCAGGGAGCGCAUGCAGCGGGAAGUAAAGGCGCUGCGAGAGAGGCAGGCAGAGCUGGCGAGGAUCUGCCUGCAAGGGAUGGGCAGCGUGGCCCCAAAGGACAUCAAGGACUCGUCCCUGCGGCCGCUGCAGCAUGGCAACGCAAAGAUCUUGGGCUAUAACCUCAAGCAGGGCUUGGAUAAGGAGACGGAGCACAUGUGCCGGCGGCUGGUGACCCCGGAGCUGCAGUACAGCAGUGCUCUCUACAAGAAGCAGUUUGCCCCGAUGCCCCCUGCAAACCCCCAGCCCACUCCCUCUCUGCAGGGCAAAGCUCUGCGGCACAGGCUGGAGGGCACCCCAAACUAA